ACGGUUCGCCGUAGUUACGUCAGCUUAUGGAAAUUGUCGGACGGAGUGGCAAGAUGGCUACGGAACCAAAUAAGACGGAGAUCCUGACGAUUUUCAAGAGGUUAAGAUCUGUCCCUACCAACAAGGUUUGUUUUGACUGUGCUGCUAAAAACCCCAGCUGGGCCAGUAUUCCUUACGGUGUGUUCCUGUGCAUCGACUGCUCUGGGAUCCACCGCUCUCUGGGAGUUCAUCUCAGCUUCAUCAGAUCCACUGAGUUAGACUCCAACUGGAACUGGUUCCAGCUCAGAUGUAUGCAGGUUGGAGGAAACGCCAACGCGACGGCCUUCUUCCGCCAGCAUGGCUGCUCCACAAACGACACCAAUGCCAAGUAUAACAGCCGAGCAGCCCAGAUGUACAGGGAGAAGAUCCGGCAGCAGGCCAACACUGCGUUGUCCAAAUAUGGCACAGAUCUGUGGAUCGACUCUUCUGUAGGAGGAACCGCUGCAGCUCCUGAGAAGAAAGAGACAGACUUUUUUGCAGAACAUACACAGCCUAAUAAUGACUGGUGCAUGGCGCCGAUCUCUGACCCAGAGCAGAAUGGAGCUGCUGUCAGUCCACAGCUGACGGACUCAACAGUUAAAGGCCAGGAGGACAACCAGCCAGAAGAAGGACCCAGCAUCGACGGUCUGAGCACAUCGCCCAGAGCCUCCAUCGAAAUGAAGCCUUCCAUCAUCGGGAAGAAGAAGCCCAUGGCUGCCAAGAAAGGACUCGGUGCUAAGAAAGGUCUCGGUGCCCAGAAGGUGAGCAGCAAGAGCUUCUCAGAGGUGGAGAAACAAGCACAAGUGGCGGAGAAGCUGAGAGAGGAGCAGGUGGCUGAGGCUAAGAAACAGGCUGAGGAAUCCAUAGUGGCCUCGAUGCGUUUGGCCUACAAAGAGCUGGAGAUUGACAGGAAAAUGGAGGAAAAGAAGAUUCAGAACCUGGAGGGAAAGAAGAGGGAGCAGGCGGAGAGACUGGGCAUGGGCUUCGGCAACAGGAGCGCCGUGUCUCACUCAGUGAUGUCAGAGAUGCAGGUGAUCGAGCAGGAAACGCCUGUAGGAGCCAAGUCCUCCUCUCGCUCCAAACUGGACAUGUUCGACGAACCUGGAUUCACCUCUGGACCCCCAAAAUACAAGGACAACCCGUUCACAGUGGGAGACGGCUUUGGAUCUCGGUGGGACACUGAUGGAGGAUCUGUCUCCUUCACCACCUCUUGGGCUCUGGAGAAAGAAGACCCUAAAGAGGAGGUCACCAUCUCCAGCAUUCAGCCAAUUGGAGAAAGGCUUCCCAGCAGAAGAAAAGCCGAGGUAUCAUCUCCAGUCUCUGAAUCCAGUGAAGCCAGGCAGAAGUUCGCAAAUGCCAAGGCCAUCUCCUCAGACAUGUUCUUUGGUCGGGAGAGCAGCGCCGAGUACGAUGCAAAGACGAGACUGGAGAGCAUGUCUGGCAGCACCUCCAUCAGCUCGGCUGACCUGUUUGGAGACGGCAGCGACCAUAAAGGAAGGACGGCAGGCUUGGACAGCGUCCUCCCCUCCGGUCCCGACAUCGCUCAGUUCAAACAGGGGGUGAAGACGGUGGCGGGAAAGAUGGCAGUUCUCGCUAAUGGCGUCAUGAACACGAUCCAGGACCGCUAUGGCUCCUACUGAGCACCACCAGAGGAUGAACCUUCUAUCAGGCGAUAGAAGGUAGAGCCGACCAGACUGAUGUUUGAACCAGAGAGCAAAAAGGAUUGCAUGGGAAAGACAUCGUCCUCCACUUGGAGACACUUUUCCUGGAGGGAGAUUCUGUUCUUCAUUAGCAGACUCUUGACUUUUAUUUUCAUAAACCAUCAGAGUCAGUUCUAAUUUAGUGUCCGCCGUGUUUUUGGUCCGAGGUUUUCAAAAAGAAAAAAUUAUGUCAGAGUUAAUUCUGCUCUGUUUUAUUCCUUCUUCAUAAAUCAAAAUGUUCAUUUUGCUCCAUAUUAUCUGAAGAUUUCAUGUUUGUUUUAUUGUGAUCUUAAAUGGAAAGAAAGUGCAGUUUAUAUUUUUAGCAUUAUUUGAACAAGAAUCCACGACGUUUGACCCACCGCUGCUCACUUUGUUCCGUUUUAAUGACUGAUUUUGGAGGUUGGUUCUGUUCAGGAGAAACACCAGAGCUUCUCAGAUUUCAUGGAUGGUGUGAAAUCCAGAACUGAGCUCAGAAUUAUUCAUAGCAAUCUAUGCCAAGUUCUAAUUUAUAGUGAAAUUAAUUUGAACAAUAGGUUUCUUCUGGCUGAAAAUGACUUAAAAAGUUAAACAGAAGAUGCUGAGAUGUUAGUCAGUUUCUGCAUUCUAGAAUGCUUUAGAACACGGUGGAAAUGGAUUUCUCACAAACUGAGACCGUUUCUGAAUGAAUUUGGCAGUUUCAGUAGAAAUGGUUCAGAUUCAUCCUCCACAUCUGAAACAGCAUCUUCUGUUACUAACCCUGACAUUGUUUGACAAACCUCUUGGCCCAAUCUAAAUUUAGCAUGAAUGACUUUGGGUGUAGCUCCAGCAAACAUAAGACACGGUGAAGGGAAAUAAACCCAAACUGAGAUAAUAAACAUCAGACGCCUGAUGAAACAAUAAUCCUGUUCUAUGCAUCUUAAAAUCCAUUUCACUUUGAUGAAUCUCAAGUCUGCCUCCAUGAACCUUCAGUUUACAUCUACCUGCUCAGUUUCCAACAUUAUUUUGCUCGUCAGUGUUUUCUGAGUUUCACUGCCAUGUACAAUGUGAGUAAAAACAACCACCUGAUGUGAACACGUGAUCAAAUCUGACAUGGUGUGAUGAUCCAACUCCCCGUCCCACCCACCACCGUAUGUUCUUGGCAGACUUCACAUUCAACGAAGCGUGUUGUAGUUUUACUUUGACACAUCAGUCGUGUUUUUCCUGGCGUGGCCAUGCCUGUGUACGACCCACCCAACCAGAGAGCCUCCAGAAAGAGGAUGGAAACUAUUUAUUUGUAGGCUACAAAAAGAAACUUAUUCAGUAUGUUAAUAAAGGUGGGGGAAAAAAUGCUC